AUGCCUUCUCUUCUCUCGGUCGCGCGGACCUUGCCCUCUCGCUCCCGGAGGUCUUCAACCUCAUCAUCCGAUGCUUCAGAGGAACCGGCAGGGUCCAAGUCAAACGGCGUCAAGAUUGCGACAAACGUCGUGAACAGCAACGGCACCGGCGUAAAGGAUGCCGACACCGACACGGCCAGCCCACCUGAGGAGCCUGAGGAUGCGGACCCAUGCAAGCCAGGCAUGAAGACGGGUAUCAAAGACCUAUACUCCGGUAAAGAAGACAAGAAGGGCCGCUACCAAUGGCAAGACAUCAUUCCAGACGAUCUAGGUGUCGCAGUAGAGAACGACAAGACUGCCAAAUGGGCGCUGCUGGUCCGCCAUGUAAAGGUCUAUGGUGAUGCCUCCAAGGUCCUUGCUAUCCACUCCAUAGUCGUGCAGAGUCCUCUACUCAAGAAGCUGUUAGGUGGUGUUCUGAAGGGUUACCCCGGUAUUACAGCCGAUCUGAAUCGCCUUGAGUUUUCCGGCAAGUUCGAGCCUUUAAUCCACCGAUGGGCGGAGCUUCAGAGCGCUAUCUCCAAGGUCAGCGAUGCGACUGAGGAGGAGCGGAUGACUAAGGAGCACGCUGAUCUUCUGCUGGACAUCCUGGUCAAGGAAUUCAAAGAUCUUAUCGACACAUCCCAGGACAUGAUAAGCAAGCGCGUCAUGACUUACGAGCAUCUAUGGACCCUCUUUCAACCAGGCUCGAUCCUCUUCACGCGCCAGGAUGGUCAAGAGACGGCGCUGCAGCUUCAGAGCACCCGAUAUGGUCAAGAUUCUGGAGGAAAUCCCUGCUUCUGGGUUGUUGGCAAGUAUGUCGACUGGGACGGAACUGCAUUUGGAUCCAGCCAGAUCAAUCUGUCCAUUGGUUACUACUCUGGAACGCGGCCUAUAAUUCAACUACGAGUGUUUCCACUGAAUUACCAUCCGAAAGUAGAGGAAGUCAAAGAGAGGCUUACCGAGCGGGGAGCCAAGGUCGAAGAGCUAGCUGGUGUCAAUUACAAGGCCUACGACGGCCUGGCAUGGCAUUUUGGAGAGUUUGGAAGCAAGGACAAAUAUCAGAUAAAAGGCCGAAUCGUGAUCGACACCUACGGCUGGAACCGUUUUGACCCUGGUCAUGCCAUCUACACUACUCGCUUCACUAACAAGAAUGCAAUCGAUUCGGAUAGUGAUCUAGAUGAUGAGGACGAGGAUAAUAAUGGACCGCCCGAGCCAGCGCAAUCUGACGACGAAGAUGACUACAUCGAGCCAGGCUACGAUGACUAUUGCGAUGGCAUGCCUCUAGACGGCCAUUUCGCGGAUGAAGAUGAUGCCGCCAAGCGACCGCCGCUGACGAUGGAGCAAAAGCUCAUAUGCACGCCCCUCUUGCGAGGCUACAGCCUGAAAAACAAGUUGUGGCUAAACUUCUUCGUCAACUGUGUCAAGGAGAUUGAGUGGCAGAAGGACGCAUUCGACCGUUUAGUGUUACCCAAAAACCAGAAGGAGCUGAUUCUCGGUUUCACAGAGUCACAGCAGAAGCACCGCGCUGCCUUCGACGACGUAAUUGAGGGAAAGGGCCGGGGCAUGAUCAUCUUGCUGUGCGGUCCGCCUGGUGUAGGUAAGACGCUCACCGCUGAGUCUGUAGCCGAAGAGAUGAAGGUGCCUCUUUACAUGAUGAGCGCGGGAGACUUGGGCCUGGAUCCUCGACGUAUCGAGACAAAGCUCCACGACAUCCUAGAGAUGUGUACGCGGUGGCAUAGCGUCUUGCUGCUUGAUGAGGCAGAUGUGUUCCUUGAAGAACGCUCGCUACAUGAGCUAGAGCGGAACAAACUUGUCUCCAUCUUCCUGCGAGUCCUGGAGUACUUCGAAGGCACCAUGUUUCUGACCACGAACCGCGUCAACACCUUUGAUCCAGCGUUCGCCUCACGCAUUCACAUUUCGCUGAACUACAAGGAGCUCUCAAUCGCGUCGCGUCGCACGGUUUGGAAGAACUUCUUGGAGAACUCGCCACAGGAACACGUCAUCACAACUGAAGAGCUGGAUGAGCUUGCACGCUUGGAUAUGAAUGGUCGCCAGAUCAAGAACAUCCUCAAGAUUGCGCGACUGCUGGCUACACGUCAAAAUGCCAAGCUCGAUCGCGAGCACAUCAUGACAACGUUGGAGGUCACGCAGCACUUGCACACCGAGAGCCAGGUCACGGAGCGGACUAGGGGCACGCUUUAUGGAUAG